AACGACACUUAUUUUGGAAUUUUUCCAUUUUGUUUAAACGACACUUAUUUUGGAACGGAGGGAGUAUUUUCCUAAAAUUAUUAGAGAUUUUAGAAAAAUUUGGUGUCUGCUGUGUAUCUUCACCGAUUGUUUCCUCGUGUUCUUGAACUGAAGAUAACCUUUGAUUUUAUAAAAUGCGUUGCAUACUUUUAAUUUUUAUGUUCCUCUAUCGAAACAAUAGUCUUUGUCACGAGUUUAACAGUGGAGGUGGACUGAAAAAAUUACCACGUCCAUUCAAUCAUUCGAACUGCAAAAGGUAAAGCAGUAGCCAGUAGCCAUUAGCAAAAGUACCUAGCAAAGCAUGUGCUUGAAUCUGACUGAUGAAGGCUUCCCAAAACCCAAAAACUGUCUAAAUAAAGUGAACAAAGAUUGACAUAAAAAAACUCAAAAAGGGAGCAAACAGAAACAUAAUAUCAAUACUAUGUUGUUGCCAAUGUUAUUUUAAUCCUUAAAGAAUUCAGCAGACAUUCUGAGAUUGCGACAUUGACAAAUCUAACCAAGAUCCUAUGCCAACCUUAACAAGAAAUAUUCUCACACCAUUUUGUCUAUUUUGUCUUUGCUGAAAUUUGGACCCCCUUUGCCAACUGAUCACAUUCUUUGUUCUGGGUUCCUCCCAUUGAAAGCCAAGAAACUCUUCUGACACAUGUCCCAACAGCAAGUGUGCCUUAAAGCCUCAGCAACAUAUUGUAUAAUGCUUUUUCAUUUUUCUGGUUACUGAAUUUAUACUCUCUUGGCAACAGCAUUAUUAGUGCAACAUUUGCAUUUUUUGUGCAGAUUCGACUCUAUAUAUGGUAUUAUGGCCAUUGGAACAUUUCAGUUGACACUAGUUGGAGGGGCUGUUAUAUAUGCAAUGUGGGUUGUUGGACUUCUCGCUGAGUUUUGAUGGUGAAAGAAAGGGAUGGCUCUUUUUCGCAAGUUAUUCUACCGGAAGCCACCUCAAGGGCUUUUGGAGAUAUCUGAAAGAGUAUAUGUUUCGGACUGCUGCUUCUCUAUGGAUGUCUUGGGAGAAAGCUACAGAGAUUACGUAGUAGAUGUAGUCACUAAACUACAGGAUCACUGGCCUGAUGGUUCUUUUAUGGUUUUCAACUUCCUUUAUAGAGGGAAUUACAGUCAGAUUGUGGACAUCAUGUCCGACUAUGGCAUUAAAGUGAUUGACUAUCCUACACAGUAUGAUGAUAGCCCAUUGCUCACUCUAGAGAUGAUCUAUCACUUUCUGAAGUCCACAGAAAGUUGGCUUGAUGUUGGUGAAAGAAACAUCAUUUUACUUAACAGUGAACAUGGUGGCUGGCCUAUGUUAGCUUUUGCGGUUGCUGGCCUCUUGAUUUAUCGAAGGCAGUAUACAAAUGAACAGAAAACUUUGGAGAUGAUCUACAAGCAAGCACCUCCCCAGCUCUUGCAGUCAGCGACACCAGUUAAUCCAUUACAUUCACAAUUGAGGUACCUGCAGUAUGUAGCAGGAAGAAACUUGCACUCAGAGGGGCUACCCCGGGUGAGAUGUCUGGUAGUAGAUUGCAUCAUUUUGAGAGCUAUCCCUAUUACGGAUUCAGACGGUGAUUGUUCUCCAAUAUUAAGGAUACAUGGACUAGAUCCGCUCAUGGAAGCUACUGAUCGAAUACCUAAGUUGCUAUGUUCUACUCAAAGCAAUAAAAUCAGUGAAUACUUCAAGCAGGCAGAUUGUGACACAAUUAAGAUUGACCUGAACUGUCAUAUCAAAGGUGAUGUUGUGUUGGAGUUCAUAACAUUGGAUCACGGAAGGCAACUUGAAGAGACCAAAUUCCGCAUCAUGUUCAACACGGCAUUUAUCAAAUCAAAUACUCUGAAACUUAGCCGCGGUGAUAUUGAUACUCCAUGGAGUGUCCAAGAUCAGUUUCCCAUGGACUUCAAGGCCGAGGUCCUUUUCUCAGAACUGGUCUCCUCUUCACAACAUUUACUUGAAGUGCCGAUUGGAGAAACUGGAAGUUCUCAAUUUCAAGCAUCUGUUAAGCCCCCGGACUUCCCUGGAGAUGUGGAUAGGCUAGAUAAGAAAGACACUGUUGAACCAAACAUUGUUAGAACACAAGAAACUUUAGGAAGAAUCCAUUCUUCUGAUAUUGAUCGAAAUGAAAUCAUGGAGAGUUGUUCUGGUCGCGCAGCUGAAGAAGAUUACGAAGAGUCAUCCAGCACACUGGAGAACCAAAUUUCUAGUGCCUUGGAAUCUGAUAUUAGCAACACCCAUUCCAAAGUGUUGGGAGAACUGCAGACAGGAUUUUCAGCCUCAUCGAUUCUGAACUCAAGAGAAAUGAAGACUCAUCCCGAAGAAGUUCAUCAAACCUUAGUAAAACCUGGUCAAUCUAAACUCCUCUCACCUAGAAUUUUUCAGAGUUCUCCAUCCAUUCCAGCUUCCGAAUCCUUGCAGAAGUCUCAUUCAACUCUUUCAAGAUAUCAGAAUACACACUCUGCUCUUGGAAUUACAGCCUUAUUGCAUGACACUGAACCAACUAACAAAUUGGGGUCACAUGUGGUGGCGUUAUCUCCGAGAUCCAGUCUUUCAGCAUCUAUUCCUCAACUAUGCAAACCUACAACUCCAAGUUUGCUCUCCAUGGUUCCACCUGCUGAGUCACAGCCUCCUUUGACUGUAGCUACCAGCAUUCCAGCGCCUCCACCUCCGCCACCUCUACCAGCAUCCACAUCAUUGUCGACGCUCAUCGCGUCAUCCACAGUGUUAUCAAAAUCAUCCAUUUCUGUUUCAUCAGCAUCAGAUGAGCCAAGUUCCCCUCAGAAGUUGGACUCUAUUGCACAUAUACAGGAUAAAGGAUACUCGAAAACUACUCCCUGUCCAUUGGGUUCAUCCAUUCCCCAUUCCAGGACUUCUCUUUCUUUAACCACAAAUAAGUCCAUUCCUCCUCCACCUCCUCUUCCUCCCCCUCGGCCUGUUCUCUCAAGAAAAACCAUGUCCGCGCAAAAUUCACUUACUGGGGCUCUUCUUUCUCCUACUUUACCUUCAUCCUCAUGUAGCUCAACUAUGGUUCAAACGACCAUCAUGAAUAACACAUCAUCAGCUCUUUCUCCAAUCCAUGAGAUAGCUUCUUCAGGUGAGUCAAUACCUUCUGUAAUACCAGACAAGAGCUCAGAACUUGAAAUUAGUCCCCGCAUGCGGCUUCUACCAAUAUCAAAUUCAGUGACCAAUUCAAAUGACACUGUCAAAUCUUUGUCUUUACCAUGUUCAGUUCUAUCAGACACUUCACCUUCCUCAAGUCAAAGUCUAUCUUCCUCUACUCAUUCGUCGUCUUUGCCAACCACUGUUGCUCCUCCAUUUCCUGAUACAGAUUCACCUAGUGGCCAACUUUCUUUGGUGCCUCCUGGAAAAGAAAUGGAAAGCACCACUCUAUCUUCUGCACAUUUAGAGCCCCUCUCCGAUACAGCUGCAACAUCAUUCGUACCGUCAUCAGCUCUUCAGGCUCGAUCUCCUCCUUCCCAUUCUUUAAUGGAAGCUCCCUCUCCCACCCUGGACUCAUGUUCAGCCCUGUUAGUAUCCCCUGGUGUAUCAUCUUUGAGUGUUUCAAUCUCUUCCCCUCCUCCAGAAAAAAGUUUUGAUACGGUUGCCAAAACUCCUCAACCACCUCCACCACCUCCAGUUCCUCCACAUUCAAGGAAACUCUCGACUUCUGCUGGAUUACCUCCACCUACUCCUCCAGGCCCUCCAAAAGACUCCAUGUCUAGAAUCUCCCCUAAGAUUCCACCUCCACCUGCUCCAUUAUUGAGUUCUUUACCGAAAGAUGGAUUAACGUUACAAUCCCCCAAGAUUCCUGCCACUCCUGCACCACCCACAGGCGCAAAAGGUAGACUACCAACAGCCAAGCCUCAGACUCAAACCAAAAGGUCCUCUCUGAAGCCAUACCAUUGGCUAAAAUUGACCAGAGCCUUACAUGGAAGUAUAUGGGCUGAGACAUGGAAUUCCAAUGAAACCUCUAAGACUCCAGAAUUCGACAUGUCUGAACUUGAGAGUCUUUUUUCGGCUACUGUGUCAAUUUCAGAACAUGGAAGAACUAAGUGCAAAUCAAAUGGAGCUUUUGGAAGCAAAUCUGACAAAGUUCACCUGAUUGAUUUUAGGAGAGCGUACAAUUGCGAAAUCAUGCUGACAAAGAUUAAGAUUCCUUUGCCUGAUAUAAUGAGUUCGGUCCUUUCAUUAGAUGAUUCAAGAUGGGAUGCUGAUCAGGUUGACAAUCUGAUUAAAUUCUGUCCAACAAAAGAAGAAAUGGAGCUUAUUAAGAACUACAAGGGAGACAUAGAGAACAUUGGAAAAUGUGAGCAGUUCCUGUUGGAGAUGAUGAAAGUUCCACGAACAGAGUCGAAAUUGAGAGUAUUUUCCUUUAAAAUCCAAUUUCAUUCACGGGUUUCUGAUCUACGAUGCGCUUUGAAUCUCGUUAACUCAGCAUCUCAAGAGGUCAGGAAUUCAAUCAAGUUAAAAAGAGUAAUGCAAACCAUUCUUUCACUGGGGAACGUUUUGAACCAUGGGACUGCAAGGGGUUCUGCAAUUGGAUUUAGAUUGGACAGUCUUCUGAAACUCAGCGAGACUCGAGCUCAUAACAACAAAAUGACUCUCAUGCACUAUCUUUGUAAGGUUCUUGCUGAAAAGCUCCCAGAACUUCUGGAUUUUCCAAAGGACCUAGGGAGCCUAGAGGGAUCAACCAAGGUCUGCAUUAGUUGUCAGAAAGCCUUUCCUAAAUUAACUUAUGUUUGCAUUGUAGUUAAGAUUAAUCUGGUGCAGAUACAAUUAAAAUAUUUGGCUGAGGAAAUGCAAUCCAUCAGCAAAGGGCUGGAUAAAGUCACACAAGAACUGGCAGCAUCAGAAAAAGAUGGUCCCGUGUCUGAAAGUUUCUCUAAGGUGCCUUACGGCAUUCUGAUGUUUAUUUUGUCUGUCCAGUGUUUUGCAUUGUUCUGUUGCCUGAAGAGCUAGAUUAUCUGAUGUUACGUCAUUGCAUAGAAGCCCUUGAGCUUUCUCAUAUGAUGUCAUUUAUAGAGUCACUACUUCCAAAAUGCGAUAUCAUGCCUAGUUGGUUGGUGGUCAUAAUAGACUCUUUAGUCACUAAAUGCUGUAGUUUCAUCAUGUCGUCUUUGUUUCUUUCCACUUCAAUUCAUUCUUGAAUAUGUAUUCAGAAAACAAUUUUUUUCUGUUUUGUUUUUAAGUAUAGAAUUUCAAUGAAGCACAGAAAUUCAGUGCUUAAGCAAUUAUGAGUUUAUUGUUUGCUGGGGUUUUUGGUGAUAUCGGCCUUCUCAGUUCGCAGAUUUUCAUAUAUAACACUCCAUCACUUUGUUGCAUCAAUUUCCCGUUUCUCCAAUCACUUCUUUUGUCUUUCUGAAAAGGCUAUGCUAAUGGAAUCUUUUAUAUUUCUUCAGACACUAAAGGAAUUUCUCCAUUCUGCCGAGGCUGAAGUGAGAUCACUGGCCUCGCUCUAUUCUGUGGUGGUAGGGGCUCAGUUUGGUUUGUUUUCCUUCUUUGAUUGGCCUAUGGUGCAUAUUACUAAUCAACCAUCCCUGCUCAUAGGGAAAAAAUGCAGAUGCAUUGGCUCAUUAUUUUGGAGAAGAUCCUGUUCGUUGUCCUUUUGAGCAAGGUACUCAUUUUCAUCUUACACUUUAAACCAUUCAACUGCGCUGAACUCAAGGAAAGCCUCAACCAUAAGAUUAUAAUGCAGUCGUUUGAUAAAAUAUAAAUCUUUAUCCUGGCUAUGUGCAUAUUUCGUCAUUAUAUAUGUUCAAACAACAUAAAAGCAAUACUUGAGAUUGUCUUCAUUGCAUGUUACAUGUUGCAGUGACUCUUGCUUACAAUCCAAAGAUAAAACUUUUAUAGUAGCAACUGCAACUAGAUGAUACAUCUGGCUUCUAUUUGGCCUAAGAAAAUGUGUGCAAUAUAGCUACUAGAGAAAGCACAUGUUCAUGGUUUUAAUCAUAAGAGAUGGUUACACAUCUUAGGUUUUGAGGUUUAUGACACCAAUGGGAUGGAUCAGGUUUCAGGCGUAGUUAGUACAGAAAUCCUUUUUAUCUUUGAAUGUACUUCCCUAAGAAGUCAUUGCCUAUAUUUUUUCAUAUACUUGAUUCGGAAUUGAAUUCAUUUUUUCAUUUGAUCGGAAUUGAAUUCAUUUUUCCAUCAUUUGCCUCCUUGGGGUGAAGAGAUUC